ACCUCAUCUCACCUCACCUCAUCCCAUCCUACCGCUCCUCAGUCAUUUCAACCCUCACAAUCUGCUUCCUACACCCACAUUUCUGAUUUGUAUCGCGCCAAUCGCACGCUACACUUGGAACUCACAAGGGGACAGCGGCUUGCUUGCAGUAUACACCUUAGCCGGCCGAGUCGAGUCAUUCUCCACUUCGAGCACAACCUCAUCGCUCCACUUUAGCUCACAUCCCUUUCAGCUUGGUCUGCCCUAUCAGGCAACUCUCACUUUGGCAGGACAACUCUUCGUCCGCAGCUAUCGAUCACAAGUGUAGGUGUCAACGUGGAAUCGAAUAGCAGCGUCGUAAACGAGGUUAUCGGAUAGCGUUCGCAGUCGAUCCAGUGUCACUCGGCCACAAGAUGUCCACGCCUUCCAAGCGACGCUUGAUUCGGGACUUUAAGCGUCUAUCCACCGAUCCGCCGGGGGGUAUAAGCGGAGCGCCCUGCGCAGAUAACCUACUGAUCUGGAACGCCGUCAUUUUUGGUCCUCCCGAAACUCCGUUCGAAGAUGGAACGUUCAAACUGGUCUUGACAUUCGACGAAUCUUAUCCCAACAAACCUCCGACGGUGAAAUUCUUGAGCAGAAUGUUUCAUCCCAAUGUGUAUGCCAAUGGGGAACUUUGUCUGGACAUCUUGCAGAACAGAUGGAGCCCUACUUAUGAUGUGGCGGCUAUACUCACUAGCAUACAAAGCUUGCUGCACGAUCCUAAUCCCAACAGUCCAGCAAAUGCGGAAGCAGCACAGCUCUAUCGAGAGAACAUGAAGGAGUACGUACGAAGGGUGAAGGCGACGGUCGAAGAAUCUUGGAUGGACGAAGGAGAAGGAGUUUCGGAUGCUGCGCCUGGAGCGAGCGGUGGGUCAGGAGGAUCAGGAGGAGCGACUGCUGGGGAGAAUGCUAGUGACGCAUAGCUGUAGCAUUAGCUCGGCUCCCGAGCAACUCAUUGCAUGCGCAAGUCCGGGUCGCACAAGCGGAUGCACAUACCGAGUCAAGCGUCAAUUUCGACCAAUCUUCAAGCGCAAAGCUAAGUCUCGGAGUCGGAAUCAGAACCAGCGUCAGAGUCAGAGUCGUGGUCAGAGCCAUGUACAGAGUCAAGACAUGAUCCUCACCUAUCAGCCAGAGCCAGCGCAUCCAGCAGCACCAACAUCGACUCCGACACCAACAUCGAUCUCGAUCUACCUGUACACCAGUCCUCAGCUACGCUCACUCUCCAUCUUUCUCAUUGCCCGCCGCUCACCCCGUGAACGCACUACAGAAGUGCUCAUUACAAGCCAGAGCGGUCUGCGCAAACAAAGCUCGCUCGUCGAAGAUUCCUGAUCUCCAAGCAUGACUCUGUUCUACAGCCUCUCAAUCGAUAUAGUCU